AUGGCCUGGGUCACUUCCAGCCCGGCCGCCGCCUUCGGUGGCCGCUCCAGCCGCUGCGCUGCAGCCGGCCCGUCCCCAUCCAGCCCCAGCCCAACACGUCUGUCCCGAGUCCAAGAAAAACAAGAACUCCAAAACCUGAACGACCGCUUAGCUAACUACAUCCAGCGGGUCCGAGAGCUGGAGAGCGAGAGGUCCUUCAUGCUCAUGCAGCUGGAGGAGAAGGACGACUCGAAGAGACGUGAAAUGGGCAAUGUGCGGCGGCUGUACGAGGAGGAGCUGGCCGAUGUGAGGAAGUCCCUGGAUGCCGAGGCCGGAGAACGCGCCCGUCUGCAGAUUGACUACGGGAAUCUGAGAGAGGAGCAUGAAAAACUUCAAACCAGGAAUCAGAAGAAGGAGGAUGACCUGACCAAUGCAUUAACUCAGUGGAGGAAAGCUGAAGCAAACCUGAACUCCAAGGAUGCGGAGCACACCGCGCUGCUGUCUGAGAAGAGGAAACUCGGCAGCGAACUGACAGACCUGCAGGGCCAGAUGGAAAAUGUAUGAAGUCACUUCUA